AAUAAGAAAAACAAGUUGCCCUCAGGGCAGGUUUUACGUGGCAGAUACUGUUGUUUGCUCUUGUUGAGAAUCAGGUAGUUAACUUUUGACUUAGUUCAGUUCUUGAUUUCUAAUGCUGAGAUGCCAUAUGAUUCUAUGAUCAUUUGACAAAGUUGGAAAUCCUUUCCAUGUUUCAACCUUAGGAAAGGUGGAUUCUUAAUCUAGUAAAGAGAACGUUAAGGAAGCUGUGGGGUUACUUUUGCUCUGAUGAUGACAAAACUCUGAUAGCAUUUAAUAUCAGUGCUUCUUCACAAAACUCAAUGUCCAUACAAAUACAAAGUUAAAAAAAAAAAAAAGAAUCCUCCUACCUUCUUAAAAAGCCUACUGUGACAGCCACCCUGGCCUCAUUUCUUUCUCCCCUAUGUCCCUCAAUUAUUGUUUAUGUAUGGAAAUUUCCCCCUGAGAAGGCAUGUGUUUCAAUUCAGAGGGAAUGUCCAUGAUACAAAAUAGUGAAAACUGAUUCGUUUGGGGAUGAAACUUGUAACUCUUACCCAAUUGGCAUCAUCCUCUAACCUACAGAGUUAAAUGCAAUAGAACAACUUGCCAAGUGCUUUUAAACUCUGCCUUCAUUUCACAGUCCAGCUCAUGCUCUUGUUUUGUUAAGAAGCAAUGUGGUAUGACUGGGAUAAGGAAGAAGAAGAAAAGCAUGUUGUUACUUGAGUGAGACUGCCUCAGAAAUGUUACCAAGUCAGGGUUGGGUGUUUCCUGUCCUUUGGAAGAGAACAGGCCUAAACAGUACCUUCCUCAUCCUGUAGCUACAAGGAAGGCACCAUGAUUGAGAUUACAGAUGCUUCCUUAGCUGAUUUUUAAUCGAAUGUAAAUUUAACUUAGCAAAAGGAUGGGAGUGAAAAAAUGCUGUAUUUUCACAGGAUCUAUUUCAUGUAAACUUUGUGUCUUGGAACAAAAUAUGAACUACCUAAAGAAUGAUAUUGGAAACUCAGUGGGAGAAACAGUUCUAGAAUCAAAGACCUAUAUUUAAAUUUUGAACCUAGUUAUUGGAUUUUGUGCACAUUAUUUAAUUUCUUUAAGCCCCCAUUUCUUACGUAAAAUGAGGAAACUAUCUUGUAGAAUUAUUCUAAAGAUCAAAUAAAGGCUUUAAAGCCGUGAGCAGUGUCUGGCCUAGGGUAGAUGCUUAAUGAAUGGCAGCUAUAUCAAUAAUAAUAACAAUAUUAUUGAAUAGUUUACCAGGCCAAGAAAGAAAAGGACAUGGGGAGCACAGGGAGGGUGAUAAUAAAAUGAACUGAUUAUAUGUGUAUAUAAAUAGAUCCCAUCAGGCAGGGGUGUCAUGAGGAUCAGUGUGAUAAUGACCUUGUCGCCAAGUGCAAAAGCAAAACAAUGACACGAAAACAAGUACACUAGGCCCUGAGUGGAGGAGAGAGUUGGAGGCAGACGCUGCAGGACAGAAAGCUGAGUGAAAAGGGGCCUUUGAUUCCACAGGCGCAGAAAUCCACAGCCAGGAAUUUGCUGCCACCUCUGAGUCAGGCGGGGGGGUGGGUGCCGAAUUCCAUUAGUAGGGAAAUGCCCAGUGGAUUUAGCCCGAGAGUCACAUUUCUUAUUUGGACCAGUAUAGACAGAAACAAACCCAGCUCACUUGUUUCCCGGGACAGUUGAGUUAGGGGAUGGCUUUCACAGAGCAUUCACCGCUGACCCCUCACCGCCGGGACCUCUGUAGCCGCUCUGUCUGGCUAGCAAGGAAGAUCCGUUCCGACCUGACUGCUCUUAUGGAAUCUUAUGUGAAGCAUCAAGGUCUGAACGAGAACAUAAACCUGGACUCUGUGCGUGGUGUGCCAGCGGCAAGCACUGAUCGGUGGAGUGAGCUUAGUGAGGCAGAGCGACUCCAAGAGAACCUCCAAGCUUAUCGUACCUUCCACGUUAUGUUGGCCAGACUGUUAGAAGACCAACGGGUGCAUUUUACUCCAGCUGAAGAUGACUUCCAUCAAGCAAUACAUACCAUUCUCCUCCAAGUCGCUGCCUUUGCUUACCAGCUGGAAGAAUUAAUGGUGCUCCUGGAACACAAGAUCCCUUCCAGUGAGGCUGAUGGGAUGCCCCUUAUUGUUGGAGAUGGCGGUCUCUUUGAGAAGAAGCUGUGGGGCCUAAAGGUGCUGCAAGAGCUUUCACAGUGGACAGUGAGGUCCGUCCGUGACCUUCGAGUCAUUUCAUCUUGUCAAACUGGGAUCCCAGGACAUGGGAGCCAUUAUACUGCUAAGGACAAGAAAAUGUAGCAGUUACCCCUCUCUCUCUCUUACUUGCUUUCUCCUCUAAUGGAAUAUAUAUAGUUUUCUGAGGCCUCACUUUCCCAUUCUUAUUUUUGAAAACCUUUAAAACCACAGGCAUUUUCAUCAGCUAGGGUUGGAGACAUGGACAAAUGGGCAUACAGGUUUAGUCUGGGGGGGAGGGAUGUGUGAGUGUGUGUGUGUGUGUGUGUGUGUGUGUGUGUUGGGGCCAUAAGGGAGUGGGGGCAGGGACAACAUCCUUCCACCUCAGUGCUGUGAUCUUUCCUACCCACUAAAUAACCUUUACAGGCAUUUAACAGCCUCACAUAUACUUUUAAUUUUAGUCCUGGAUGACUCUUCUGAGAAGACUGAAAUAGUGAAUUAAAAAUCAUGGACUCUAGUCAAUUCAAACUCUUGGAUAAUAACAGUAACUAACAUUUACUGAGUACUGUAUUGAAGCAAUAUGCCAGGAGCUUUAUGCAUAUCAUAAUUUUCACAGCCCUGCUGAGGGAGGUGGUGUUAUUUCCAUUCGGCAGAUGAGAAAACAGGCUCACAGAAGUUUACAACUCGUUCAAGGUUACCCAUCUAGCAAAUGGCACACGGAGUUUGAACCCAGAUCUUUCUCGUUCCAAAGCCUAGUGCCCUUCACUUUAAAGGCCUGAUUAUGAACCUCUAUCACGGUACCUCUUUGCUACAGAGGGUUGGAAAAUGUAUCCAUGUCAUCUAUCCCCAGCACUGAAAAAGCAACCCCCAACUAUGUCCUGAUGGUGUUAAAGGCAGUACUUGUUGCCCAUAUUUGGCAAAGAAGAGAGCAGUGGAGAUCUUAAGAUCAGUCCACCAAACUUUUGAACUUUGGAAGCUGGGAGUGUGCAGUCAUACAGCUUGCUUUCAAGUAUCCACUAACGUUCUUGAGUUUGGGGUUGGGGACAGCUUAUACUCGGUUACCUCACAUUUACUGUAAUCAGCAAUGCAGUGGUACAGGCGCCGUAACCCGGGCAUUCAUGGACAAUGGGUAGAAUACUGCUCAGGUUAAAAAGUCACAGAACUCCUGCACCAGACAGUCUCUGGACUUAGUCAUGAGCAGAGAAUGAGGCUCACUCUGUUCCCAGUGGGAAUGCCAGCGAUUCUGAAACAAUAUAGAGCAAAGCCUCUAUACUUCAGAACAAAGGGCACAGUUCUGCAUUUAAUGUUCUUGAGAGAAACGGUAUGAAAAGCACCAACUAGUAAAUGUGGGCAUUAAUGUAAGAGGUCAUUUACAGUCAGGCCUAUGAACUAGUGGUGCAAAUGGGAAUCCAGAAGUUCUCAGGUGUAUCAUUUACUUCACCAAUUCAAACUCAAGAUCUUGGGUUGGGGGCCCAAAUCAAUUUGGUGCACUUAUUUGAGACUUCUAUAUUCUUUUUUUUUUUUUAACGUAUACUUUUUUUUUUUUAAGGAAUUCCUUUAUUUAUUUUAUUUUUUAUUUACUUAUUUAUUUUUGGCUGUGUUGGGUCUUCGUUUCUGUGCAAGGGCUUUCUCUCUAGUUGGCGGCAAAUGGGGGCCACCCUUCAUCGCGGUGCGCAGGCCUCUCACUAUCGCGGCCUCUCUUGUUGCGGAGCACAGGCUCCAGACGCGCAGGCUCAGUAGUUGUGGCUCACGGGCCCAGUUGCUCCGCGGCAUGUGGGAUCUUCCCAGACCAGGGCUCGAACCCGUGUCCCCUGCAUUGGCAGGCAGAUUCUCAACCACUGCGCCACCAGGGAAGCCCCCAGGCUUCUAUAUUCUUAAAAGGACCAUGAGUCAGAGGGGGCUAGCUGCCAUAGCUUGUGUCCUUUCCUACAUGGGUUUAUGUCCAAAACUCCAUGAAGUCAAUAUUCUGAGAGGGCUCUGGGUGAGGCACGGUGGCAAUACAGGGGAGGUCAGGCCCUGCUCCCCAGGAUGCAUCUGUGGAAACGGUUGUAGGCAUACAGGAGAUCAAUACUAUUGAUAGACCUGAAUCGUGAGAUGGGUUUAAGCGGUAUGGAGUUGAAGGAGAUCCGUGAGGGCCAGAAAUUGCUUCCUGGAGGAGAGAGGAGUUCAGUUGUGUCUCAGAGUUUGGCUGAGUACCAAACAAAGAGAAAAGUCAUGAGGGCAGAAAUAGAGAAGAGUUGCCCAGUUAGAAGAAAAUGAGGCAAUAAUAAACAUUUGGGUCCACUACCACUAGAAGUUUAUCAUUUUGUUUGUAAUUUUGGUAAUGGUAUAAAACUUUGCAGCGAAUGCAUAGAGGCUUAUUUCAUUCGAGCUUUUCCUUGUUUAAGUUGUUUCUUGUGCUUAAGAGCAGUAUUUUGAUCGGUAAAAUACUUGCUUAUUAAUGUGAAGCUCUUAGGUUUAUCUGUAUAGUACUUUAGGUUUUUUUAUUUAAUGAAGAAAGGCGUGACUCAAAUUUCUUUUUUUAAAAAAUAAGUUUAUUAUAUUUAUUUUAUUUUUGGCCGCGUUGUGUCUUCGUUGUGGUGCAUGGCUUCUCACGGCGGUGGCUUCUCUUGUUGUGGAGCACGGGCUCUAGGCGCGCAGGCUUCAGUAGUUGUGGCGCACGGGCUUAGUUGCUCCGUGGCAUGUGGGAUCUUAGCCAUAAUAACAAAGACAUAAACGUGUGGCUCUGAGUUUGUAGACUUUGCAUCAUGCUUAUCUAAAAUGGAUGAAACAAACUGAAUAAGGGACUGACAAUAGGCCAUAUACAUAUAACUCUGUAUAUUAAUAAGGUCUUAAAAGGCAUAAAUUUAGUUCCCAGCCCCUAACUCUUAUUUCAUAAAGGGGGUUCCUUCUAUCCCACUCCCUCCAGAAAAGUCCUCUCUAUGGGGAGAGAUUCAGUUCUCCUGAAUCUGUCAAGGAAUUGUAUGUAUGAGAGUUGAUAAAUACUUCAUGCAUUGAUUUACGAGGAUAAUUUGGAAAAGACUUGCAAAUUAGCACAAACUGAAAGUCCAAGCGUGGAAUAAAAUUGACUUUGAGACAAUCAGGUUUUGAGGGAAGUGAGAAUUUUAAUAAAAAUGGAAAGUGUAAGGUCAUAGUCCUGGAACUGCUGUUAUUUCAGGCUGCUGUGGAUGAAAGCCCAAUGGAUGACUCACUGUUGUGACCGCUGGUCAGAGAGGGAGAGGACAAGUAAAUAUUUGGGGGAGACGUAUCUGACAAGUCGUUUAGAAUGACUUCUGUUUGUGAAUCCUCAACUCCUCAUGAAGUAGCUGAGCAACUUCUCCUAUUGAGUAAAGUAGAAAUGCAGGACGCAGAGGGGCCUCCAGCAGAAUGAGAAAGGGAUUGGUGAAGAGGAAAAGGAAAACAAAAAAAAAGUUUUUGGAUAUCACUUGAAUUGAUUUAUCUGUGUGUGAGUGUGUGUGUGUGUGUGUUACCAACAAUGUCUAGGCCAGGGCAUUUACAAAGGCUGGUUUGUCCUCCUGCCUCAUCCUACCUCAGCUUCAAGCAUCAGACCCAAGAAUGAACCUUCUGAACGUUGGUACAUUUGAAAAGUGAAAAUGAUAAAAAUGUCAUUGUUUCAUUCAAAAGCUUCUAUAGCGCUCUAUAGUCUACAGAAAAAGAUGGAGUAAAAAUAUAAUUUGAUCUUUUGAUGAAAUAUGUGUGGGGUGUGAGAUAAGAAAAUCCAUGUGCAUGUGAUUCUUUAUAUAAUACAUUACUUUGAUCGGUCUGUUUUUGGCAGAUAGAUGCAAGAAUGAAAGAAUAAAGGAUUCAGUAAUGGCUAACAAUAAAGAUUUUGCCUCAGCAAGAC